UGCAUUUUCUUUUAAUGUUUUUGCCUUUUGGUGCAGCCCCUGCACCAUGGGCGCGUGUCAUCUCACUCCUCCCGUAACUCCCUCCCUCUCCCUCUCCUUCACUUCUACUUCGUUCCUUCUCCCCUCCUUGCGCCGCCCCACCGUCGCUGCCAACUCACCGCCGCCAUCACGCCGCUGCAGCUUUGGAAUAGAAGAACGAGUUGGGGAAUAGAAUAUCCAAAAUUACGCUAAGAGCUUCCUCAAGAAGCUUAAUUCCUUGUCUCAUUUACCGGAGGGAAGCAAGUUCCUGCAGUUAGGUUUCCUUCUCAGUCAAAGGGCUCCUUGCUUUAUCUGCUGUGAAUUAUAGUCCUCAAAACUAGAUCUUAGAUCACCUACUUUGAUGAUGGAUUUGGUUGAGUCCGGAGUUCCUCUAGAUUCUGAUGCAUUUAUGGAGCUAGCUAUACAGGAAGCUAAGGGUGCUCUUGACAGACUUGAAGUGCCAGUUGGUUGUGUAAUUGUCGAGAACAAGAAGGUCAUUGCAUCAGGAAGUAAUCGUACUAAUGAGACACGAAAUGCUACAAGGCAUGCAGAGAUGGAAGCUAUUGAUGGCCUUCUACAGCAAUGGCAGAGAGAUGGCCUUUCGGAAUCUGAAGUUGCUAAGAGGAUUUCAGAGUGUGUCCUCUAUGUUACAUGUGAGCCAUGCAUAAUGUGUGCAAGUGCCUUGUCGUAUCUUGGAUUAAAGGAAGUGUAUUAUGGAUGUAGAAAUGAAAAGUUUGGAGGAUGUGGUUCAGUUCUUUCACUGCAUGCAACAAGCUGUACACCAUCAAAUAAUGCUGGAAUAGCUGGUUUCAAAUGUUUCGGAGGAUUAAGGGCGUCGGAAGCAGUUUCUCUUUUUCAAAUCUUCUAUGAACGUGGGAAUCCUAAUGCUCCCAGGCCUCAUCGAGCAGUAGUUCAUCCCUAGCACUUUGCUCUUGUUGGUUGUCCAUUCCUUUUGGAGAUUGUCUUCUUUGUUUCUACAAUAUGACCUUAAUUGUUAGGAGCAAGCGUUCAAGGUGCGAAAUUGGGAGAUUGAUUAUUAUCUAUUUGUUUAUUCUCGUAAUCCGUCCUCAACUAAAUCUCAGUAUUUGCAAUGCUUAUUAGCUUAUGAACAUUUGUACUGGAAGAGCUUUGGAGGUUGUAUUGUUGUAUACGUUCUGCAGAUAACUUAGUAUGUGGCUGAUUGUUUCAAUUGCUGAAACAUUUGCAUUGGAAGAUCUUAAUCUAGGAUUCAUAACUUGGUUUCCUGAUGACCUGGUGGUUGUAUCUGUUGAGUGGAAUAAAUUACAUCCAUGAACAAUUUUGCAUCUAUAUUGAUUGGAUGAUCUUCACAGGCACAUAAUAUAAAGGUAUGCUUAUUGUAACACAAGUUUCUUUCUUAAUUAUACUGUAUUAAUUGUCUUUUGAUCUUGUAGAAAGGGAUCUCUUAUUAAGGAAAGCUCAAAUUGCUCACUAUUACUCCAUCCGUCCUUAAAAGAUUGUCCCAAACAACAUUUUUCACUUUAUUAAGAAAGAAGGCAAAAGAAAAGCAAGUGGGUUGGUAGUUUUGUCAUUUUGCUAAUUUAGAUAAUAGAAUGUGAGAGGAAACAUGUGAGCACCACAUACUACAAAUGUUAUGGGGCAAACUCAAAGGGACGGACCAAAAAGGAAAUUGGGGCGAUCAUUUAGGGACGGAGGGUGUACUAAUUUACUUCUACUACAUCCCAUGUUAUAUUCUUUGUCAAUAAACUGCUUUUCUUAUCUCCAAGAGAGGGAUGGUAUUCUGAUAGGUAUUUUACCUGCAGUGGGUUGGUUUUUGCAAUCAUAUUUUUUAUAUAUCAAUCUUGAAACAAACAUAAGGUAUCUUUAAGCAUCUUAAACCUACAUUGCUAAUCUCGUAGUUCCUGCUGGGGGAUAGAGACUAGAUUAAUCACUAUAAUUCAAAAGUAAGUGUUUUGAAUUUUAAGGUCGUGCACACAUAUUAUGGAGAUUUAGUUAUUGUAUAUUUGUAUGGAAUAUAAACUGAUAAGUAAUAGUGCUACGAUAUUUUAGACUAGUGAUGUUAUGAAAUUAGAAAAUGAAGUUAAGAAAACCCUUAUUUUGCUAUGGAGGUAGUGAUAGGCAAUUAUGGAUAGUUUCUUUUAUUAAAGAAGGAAAGAUCCAUAGCUCAAAAUAAAAUUAUAAGUUUGGAUGCAUGAGCUGAAAGUAGUUCCAUCUUGACAAAUGAUCUGAGGUGUCAGGCGUUUUGAAGAACUAUUUCUCUGUUAAAAAGGUAACCAAAGUAAAUAUAACUUAACAUUUGUUUGCUGUAUCAUAUUCAUGAAUUAGAGUGUGGAUGGUUAUUUCUCUCCACUGUAAUCUUUUUGGUUAUGGAGUAUUAUGCGGGUCAAUAGGAAUAUAGGAUAAAGUAGCUGAAAUGUGCAAAUUUUAUAGGAAUUCUUGUGAUCUAUUCUUUUCUCCAACCAAAAGUGCUAUUUUUUCUGUUCUCCUGGAAACUGAAAUUGCCAAAAUGUUUCUAAAAUCGCUUGCGUUUCUGUACAAUAAAAAUCCUCUCGCUGUUCCUGAAAAAAGUAUAUUUUUAUUAACUUUUCUUGUUCUAGAUUAUCGGCAAAACAGCGGUAUAUAAUUGCUUAUCUGUGUUAUAAAUGCAACGUAACUUGUUGCUAGCAUCUUCCUGAUUUGUUAUAACCUUAAACGGCACUUAUCAUGAACGGAGGGAAUAGUUGAAUUUUCUGUUGUGGCGUAAAAGAGGGGAAGAUGCACCAGUUGAAAAUAUGUGGGUUGAGUUUUAUUUAUUCCACUUUUCUCCCAUUGUGUCUGAAGGCCUGGGGGUGGAGGAGAAACUGGAUAUGUGGUUUUGGUUGCCAGUAUCCAAAGGAUAGAGACUUAACCAAAAGCAUCAGUACCUAGUGUGCUCAUCUAUUAAUCGUUGGAUUCUGAAACUUAGUUUUCUUUGAUGGUCUUCUGGAGUUGCAAGCAGUCGUUUUAAUCUUCCAAAAUCAUGAAGCUAAUUCUGGCAGGGGAUAUUCCCCUGUUCACUUUCCCUAAGAAUAUUUGGUUGUGUAUGUGUGCGCGUUUGUUCUGCAUUCUGAGUGAAUACAUACUCUAUUUUGUGUGUGUGAUACAUGUCGUGAACUUGUGUGCUAAAUAUAGUCUUUACUUUCACUAUCUAUUAGCUGGAAAUAGUGUAGGGAAGAAAUUAAGGACCAUGUUUGAGCAGUUUGACAACUCUUGCCAUUUACAGAGUAUAUUUUUAGAAUAUCUGCCGUCCUCUUCUGAAGAAUUUAAUUAUUACUUCCAAGAUUGAGGAGACACAUGACUCAAUGUGGAUCUGUUGAACCAACACUCCAAUUAGGGGUGAGCACAACAGGCACCCCGUCAAAAUUUCAGGAACUGGCACCUGUUGCAACAGGUUCUGAAAAUGGGAACCGGAAUCGGAAUCUGUUGCAACAAGUUCCUGAAAAUGAGAAUCGAAACUUGUUGCAACAGCCAACAGGUUCCAAUUCAGGGUACCAUGUCAUUUUAAAAGUUUAAAUAAAUAAUUGCUAAUUUAUUGUAAAAAAUCUAAUUGAUGGUUUGUUCUUUGAUUGUUUUAUAGUUUGGGCUAAUAUUGGAAUUCUAUAUUUAUAUUUUCCAAAAAUUAGCUUGGAUUUUUUAUAUUUUGGGCAUAAUGAAUCAUUUUUACAUGGUCCCGGUUCGUGGUUUCGAGUACUCCAUAUCAGAAUUGGUGUGUACAGAAUAGGGUACCUGUUCCGAUUUUUCAACCGGAACUUGUUACAACAGGUUCCCAAUUUUGUUACCCGGAACCUGUUACAACAGAACCGCAGGUUCCUAACCGGUUCGAUUUAGGGUACCCUGGCUUUUUGCUCACCCCUAACUCCAAUAGUGUAGGGCUAUAUUUUUUCGCAGUAUCAUCACUGGACAUGUUGCUGCUCCUAGUCUUUUGAAAUGGUGAUGAAUACAUUCGUUUACCCCUCCCUGUAACUAAAUAGAUGAGUACCUUCUAUCAUUUCCACAUGAGUUAAUAUGCUAAGACAACGCUAAACGUUGGAAAACAUCUGAGCUCUGUAAACCAGUAAUUACAACUGUAAUUGCAUAUUACUCCGUAUCUUUUACGUUCAAAAGAUUGGAAGUCUGUAUUGAUGUAACUGUGUUUAUUAGUAUCUGUGGAAUCAUGCCUUCUCAGUUAAGUAAUGACAUCGUUGUGGAGUUUCCUCUUGUUAAUCCAAGGUAAGUACAGUCUUUCAGAUGUUUCUCGUAAAGGUUCCACUUGCUUGUUUAUCCCCUUCCAACACCGUUCUUCUAAAGGAAGGCAAGUAGAAACUGAUCAGCCUAAAGACCCCUUUUAUUACCACUGAUACUCGAUGAAUUGCUUUAUCAAUUCUGUCGUUUUCGGACAUGUUUCUUAUGAUGUGAAGUAAAGAGGGCAUCAAGUCUAAUUUGGAAAAUCACCUUUAAAGAGAAAGGAAGAAGAAUCAAAGCUCUGAAAGUUUCCUCACAAUUUUUCUUAGUGGUUUUUGAUGGAACCUUAGUUUUCUUAGUGCUAUGGUGCCUUGAGUAUUGCUUUUGAUUUUUUUUUUUUUUACUUAUUUGCUUUUCUCAAAAGGCCUUAGGAUAUGCUUGGUAGCAAUUCCAGUUUGAUUGUGUGUUAUAAAACCCCACUGUAAUACUGUGUAAUAUGAUGGAAAGUCGGAAACUUAACCUUCAAUUGUGAGAAUUUCAACUGUAUAAAUGAAGUCGGUUCUGUUGUUACAAAAUCCUUAAGGAGCUAGCUUAGCUUUUUCGGCUGAGAGUAUAUCCCAUAUCUGAUAAUGGUAGUACAUCUUCUUAAUUAGUUGCAGUUCAUUAAUAUUUGUAUAGUUUGAUUUAAGUGAGCAGGACAGUUAGACAUUUUAUAAUUUUAUUAGGUAAUACAAGGGUAGAAACAACAUAAAGGGCAGGAAAUAAUUUUGCUCGUCUUUAAGUAAAUAAGUGCAGUGUACUAGCUUCCAAACUUUUUCUUGCUUUAUUUAACAGUGGAAAGUGAAGAGAUGAAACAUUGAUAAUUGCUCAAUUAUUGUCUGGAGUAGAGGACUGGCAUCCAUAGUGGUAAUGAUUGGUUUAGUAAUCUGUCCUGUCACCAGCAUUUUGAGCUUGAGGGCACUUUUAUCAGACUCGCCUUGUCCUGAUUAGCCUUCGCCCUCCUUGUGAGUGGCUGUAAACUGUAAAGGGUGAUUAUUUCAGACUUGAGAUUAGAUUUGCUAUGAUAGCCUUUUAUAUGACAAAUGUGCAUAAGCGAACAACAUCAGUAGUUUGACUGUGUAUAAACACAUUUCUUUCUGGAGUUGAAACUUGAAAUCCUUCAUGGUCUCAAUUAUUGGAGGACACUGUUGAGACAUAUCUUUCUGCUAUUACCAGGAAGCCAAACUUGAUAUAUUGAUAUAUGUUGUACUCCACCAGUAAGUAGUAACAAUUGCAGGGGCUUGGUAACGGCAGACUGGUGGAGACUUGCUUCUUCUUUCUCUUUUUUGUUCUUUUUCCCCCUGGAUUAAGCUGUGUGCCUUUCCUAUUGUUCGUUCACCUUUCUUUGAGAGAAAGAAUACAAGUUUGGUGUUGGAAAUCAAUUAAAAUAUUUCAUAACCUAUAACUAGUGGAUAUUGUAAUCAAGUGCUUAGUAUAAUCAUUUAACAUAUGUAUCUAUUUUUUAAAUAACAUGCUUUUCUGUGUUCCUCUUUUAUUGGUAUGUCAAAGAAUAAUUUUGUUCUGUUGAUUUGGAAAUAAGUGUAUGCAUAAUGCUGAACUCUCUUUUGAUUUCGGUUCACUAGUUUACUUGAAGCAUCUUUCCCAUAUAUUCUGUUUUAUCUCAAAAGCAAUGAUUAUGUUCAAUAUGUCCCAUCUAAUUGUUGCUCCUUGCAGCUCUUUUUGUUUACGAUCCUCUUUUUUCAAACUUGUUUAAUAUACAGAUUUUUAUUAUUUUUUCCCCGUAAAAGCAAUGAAGAACAAUACGCUUUCACGAGGAUAUUUAGAUAUUUGCACGUUGAAGCGUAGAUAUUUCUCUCUGCUUAUCUUCAUUUAUAAGGAAUUUGGAGAAUCUAUGAAUGAAAGAAUGGAGCACAUCGACCCAGUUAACAAUUCAACAGUGAG